GGGGAGGAGAGGGAGGCCUGGAGGAAAUCGGGAGGAGAGGCAGAGAGAGUGAGAGGACCAAGCAGACCAAAGGACUCUCUCUGGGCAUGGUCUUCAGCUUGCAAGGUCAAGAAGAAGAGGUGGCCUCAGGGGGCGCAGGAAGCUCAGCUGGACCGGGGGGCUUUGUCCCUGCCGCGGCAUCUGCGGUUCACUGGCACCACCCGCCCGUGAAGAGCCAGAAAAGUGAUGUGAAGAUGUCAAGGCUUGUGGAACCAGCAAUGCACACACUCCAGAUUGGUGCAAAUGGAGAGAGAUCCUGCACUCCAUCUCCCCAAAACUCUCCCAGACUCCACAAUGAAAGCUGCAACAUCGCCCCUCUGACGCCGUCCCAGUCGCCGAGGAAUGAAAUCCGGAUGCGCCAAACCACUCCCUUUUCUGUGGUGGUAGCCAUUGACUUUGGGACCACGUCCAGCGGCUACGCCUUCAGUUUUGCCAGUGACCCAGAGGCCAUCCACAUGAUGAGGAAAUGGGAAGGUGGAGACCCAGGAGUAGCCCACCAGAAGACCCCCACCAGCCUCCUCCUGACUCCAGACGGCAGUUUCCACAGCUUUGGGUACACCGCCAGGGAUUACUACCACGACCUGGAUCCGGAUGAAGCUCGCGACUGGCUGUACUUUGAGAAGUUCAAAAUGAAGAUCCACAGCACCAGCGACUUAACCAUGAAAACCGAACUGGAAGCAGUGAACGGGAAGAAGGUGCAGGCUCUGCAGGUCUUUGCCCAUGCUCUCCACUUCUUUAAGCGACAAGCACUGCAGGAACUCAAGGACCAGUGCCCAGCCUUGCCAGAGAAAGAUGCCAUCCGGUGGGUGAUCACUGUGCCGGCCAUCUGGAAACAGCCUGCCAAGCAGUUCAUGAGGGAGGCUGCCUACCUGGCUGGGCUGGUUCCUUCGGAAAACCCCGAGCAGCUCCUGAUCGCGCUCGAGCCGGAAGCGGCCUCCAUCUACUGCCGCAAGCUCCGCCUCAACCAGCUGAUCGACCUGAGCUACAAGCCCCAAGCCAACGGACUCAUGUCGGAUCUGCCCAUCGAUUCCAGCUUCAGGCAGGCCCGAGAACAACUUCGCCGUUCCAGACACAGCCGGACCUUCCUGGUGGAGUCCGGGAUGGGGGAGCUCUGGUCUGAAAUGCAGACAGGUGACCGCUACAUUGUGGCCGACUGCGGCGGAGGGACGGUUGAUCUGACCGUGCACCAGAUUGAGCAGCCACAGGGGACCCUCAAGGAGCUCUACAAAGCAUCCGGAGGUCCUUACGGGGCCGUGGGGGUGGACUUGGCCUUCGAGAAACUUCUCUGCCAGAUCUUUGGCGAGGACUUCAUUGCCACCUUCAAGGCCAAGCGCCCGGCGGCCUGGGUCGACCUGACCAUUGCGUUCGAGGCUCGCAAGCGGACGGCUGCCCCACACCGCGCCAACUCCCUCAACAUCUCGCUGCCCUUCUCCUUCAUCGACUUUUACCGGAAGCACCGGGGACAGAACGUGGAGACGGCUCUGAAGCGCAGCAGCGUGAACCUGGUGAAGUGGUCCUCACAAGGGAUGCUGCGCAUGUCCUCCGAGGCCAUGAAUGAGCUCUUCCAGCCAACCAUCAACCAGAUUAUCACCCACAUUGGUGACCUCAUGAAGAAGCCGGAAGUCAGAGACAUCAAAUUCCUCUUCCUGGUGGGAGGUUUUGCCGAGUCCUCGAUGCUGCAGCAUGCCGUCCAGUCGGCCUUCAGUGCCACCUGCCGGGUCAUCAUCCCGCAGGACGUGGGCCUGACCAUCCUGAAAGGCGCGGUGCUCUUCGGCCUGGACCCCACCAUCGUCCGCGUGAGGCGCUCCCCUCUGACCUACGGCGUGGGGGUGCUCAACAAGUUCGUGGAGGGCAAGCACCCCCGGGAGAAGCUGCUGGUCAAGGAAGGGAAGAACUGGUGCACGGACAUCUUUGAGAAGUUUGUCUCCGUGGACCAGUCCAUGGCGCUGGGCGAGGUGGUGCAGAGGAGCUACUGCCCCGCGCGGGUGGGGCAGCGGAAGAUCAUCAUCAACAUCUACUGCUGUGGCACCGACGACGUGGUCUACAUCACCGACCCCGGGGUGAGGAAAUGCGGUACCAUCAGCCUGGACCUGGACGAGUUGGAGGAGCCCAGCUCUCCGAAGAGGAGCCGGAGGGAGAUCCGGGCCAGCAUGCAGUUUGGCGACACGGAGAUCAAGGUGGCAGCCAUGGACGUCCAGACGUCCAAGACCGUGAGAGCUUCUAUCGAUUUCCUUUCCAACUGAUGCCCUGGACAUUAGAGGCCUUGGAGGAGGAGGAGGAAGAAAAAGGGGUGUGGCGAAGGUCCUCCUCCUCCUCCUCCUCUCCUCUCCGGAGUUUUCUGCAAAUCUAAAGGUUGAGACAUGUCAGGCUUGGGAAGAAAUCCAGCAGAGGCCAGGCUCCAGAAACACAUCCUCUUUGCACCAACUGGCCAAAGAAAUACCAGGUGGGCCCUUUCCUCUUUCCGAUCAUUAGUCUUGGUCUUUGGUGGUGGCAGUCGGUGGUGGCAACUGGAUCACAAUCAUAUGCAGUGGUACCUCGGUUUACAAACACAAUUGGUUCCGGAAGUCUGUACUUAAUCUGAAGCGUACUUAACCUGAAGCGAACUUUCCCAUUGAAAGUAAUGGAAAGUGGAUUAAUCCGUUCCAGACGGGUCCGCAGAGUACUUAAACUGAAAAUACUUAAACCGAGGCGUACUUAAACUGAGGUAUGACUGUAUUAUCUUCUCAGGACUCUAGAAGAGAGCAGAGGGGCGGGCAGUUUUGCAGGCCAGCAGUAAAAAACUCCAAAGAGAGAAAUUCCGCAGGAGAGGGCUUGUGUGGUUGGUCCCAUAAGCUUCCCUUCCAUUUGCCUUCAGGUUUUGGAACGACAAAUUUGCAUGCAGGUGGAAUGGUCCAUGAAGCAGCAGCAGCAGCAGCCCUUCAUUCAAGACCAUAAUUUAACUAGCGGGGAGUUGGAAAUUUCACCUAGCAGUGUCACCAUGGGAAGAUGAAAUAUCCACAAUUCCAUUCAAUGCAACUCCCCCACUCCUAGGGUUACCAUAUUUCAAAAAGUAAAAACCAGGACAUCCUGGAAAACCCCAAAGUUGUUAAGCUUCUUCUUCUUUUUUUACAAAAACACCAAAACAACACUGCAAUUUUCCAAUUGUCUUGCCCAAGAUCCAGGACAAAGUGACUCCUUCCGGAAAUAUGAAGUGUUUACACAAUAAUAUCCUUAAAUAUUGUUGGGCUCUCUCUCUCUCUCUCUCUCUCUCACACACACACACACACACACAAAUGAAGCAUCUCAACGCACAAGGUGUUGGAUAAUUAACACAACUGCAUGAGCAACAAAUGGAAAGAUUCUGUGCUUUUGCAUGGGGAACAGGAUCGGGCAUUUAAGCCAACGGUGAGUAACAAUGCAUGUCUGAAGCAUGGAUAUAAUUUGGGUCUACCUUCCGUUUUAGAGGAAGACUGGCCUGGCUUUAGCUCAGUCUCCCCAACCUCUGUUUUGGACCGCAACAUCCAGUGCGUACCAGUGUGAACAGCAGGUGGAGCAGUUUCCCUACUUCUCGUGUCUUAAUCCAAAUAAAAGCCCAGCUCAGCUUUCACCAACCUGCCCAGAGCGGAGGGGCGAGAUUCAUUCAGCUGGGGGCAAAGGGAGAGGCUGCUCAGUAGGGCAAUAUUUUGCCUGCUGCCCAAAACUCAAAGCUGUAGCCUGUAGCCUGGCCAUCUUGAGUCCCCCAGAGUUAUAUUUACUUUUUAGAAGUCUUAUCACUGAGCAGCUCCUUGCAGGUCCUUUCAAUCUAGUUCUCUUGAUGUAAGCAGAACUGGGGGGGGGGGAAUCACAGGUAUAUCUGGGUUUUGGACGUUGCCUCCUGGAAAUCGGAAUUUUUUUCUAAGUGCCCAGCUUGUCUCUUCAAAGUCUGGGCUUUUAAACAACUGAUGCUCAAGUCUUGCUUGUGUCCACUGUAUCUUUGCAAAGGAAAAGGAUGCUCCACCAACCAUCUGUUGCCCUCCAACUAGCUAGGCAGGAUUGCACCUUUCUCUGGAAGAUCUGGCUGAAUAAACUGUCCACAUCGCCACCCUGCCCCUUCCAAACUGGGAUAAAAGCUUUUCUGGCCUGUCCUUUGAGCCUCUGUCCUGCCUCCACUUCUGAAUGCUUGUAAUAUGUUGCUUUGUAAGAAUCCACCCAAAAUUUUAUUUUUCUAUAUUGUGUAUAAACCCGCUCUCUCUCUGGAGAACGGGUGGACGUUCAUGAGCUUGUUGCGGCCAACAUGGCUUUAUUAGAAAAAAAUAAAUAGAAGUGAUUUUUGCUUUCC